AUGAAAGGAUUUGGGUACAUACAAAGCAAUGGGGAUCACACUUUCAUUAAACACGGUGACCAAAGCAAGGUUACAGCCUUAAUUGUGUAUGUAGAUGAUAUCAUCAUAACAGGAGAUGAUACUGAGGAGAUUAAAUGCCUUGGCCAGAAUCUAGCUAGGGAAUUUCAUACCAAAUCCCUAGGAAGGUUAAAAUAUUUCUUGGAAAUUGAGGUUGCAUAUUCAAAAAGGUGUAUUUCUUUCUCAACACAAGUAUAUUCUUGAUUUACUUCAAGAGAUUGAAAAAUUGCAGUGUAAACCUGCUGGCACUCCAAUUGAUCCCAACCUAAGUUUGGGAGAAGGUAAAGGCUCGGAUCAAGUGGGCAAAAGCUCAUAUCAAUGGUUGAUUGGGAGGUUGAUAUAUCUAAAUCAUACACGUCCGGAUAUAACAUUUGUAGUGAAUUUACUCAGUCAGCAUAUGAAUGAUCCAAGGGAGAUCACCUACAAGUAACAUAUUGACUGUUAGAGUAUUUAAAGACAUUAGGGCAUUCUAUUCAAAAAAUGAGGGAAUCAAUCUAUUGAAAUCUACACCGAUGUUGAUUAUGUCGGGUCUAUUAUAGAUCGUAGAUUGACAUCGGGCUAUCGUACAUCUAUUUGUGGAAAUCUUGUCCCCUGGAGAAGCAAGAAGCAACAAGUAGCUGCACGAUCUAGUGCUGAAGCAGAAUUCAGGACAUUGGCCCAAGAGAUAUGUGCAGGCUUAUGGAUUCAAGGUCUGCUGGACGUCAUAUGA